AAACCCCAAAAAAAGAUCCUCAAUCAACCCAAAGCCCCCAAAUCUCUGCCGAAGACGCCCUCGAGCAACCUUCCGAGGCCAGCCCACAAGUUUCCAUGACCACCAUGCCUCUACCCGGCUCCCAAAGCCAAGAUAUACCCAACAAGUCUACCCGCGACCCAUCUAUUCGCGAAAGUGCCAGCGCUAUGAAGGCCGAAGACGGUGCUGAAGCCCAAGUCGGAGCCGAUGCCCAAGAAGCCACCACUCUUAUUGAAGACCUUGCAGAGCCGCUUGCAGAGUCGGCAGAGCCCCAGCGUGUCAAAUCCAAGCAGGGACAGUCCAAGAAGCGCCUUGCCGAGCCUGUCGACCGGAAGGCUCACAAGGGAAGCGCAGCUAAGAUCAUCGUGGGUGGGUCAAUCAGUGGCUUUAUCAAGCCCAGUCCCCGCUCCUCCGUGUCAACCCAAGGGCAUCAAGAAGCCGACAAAAAGGGCAAUGUCAUCUAUGUGAGUGGCCCCAGCGAACUGGAGUCCCCUAUCCAUCUGUGGUCUCCCCAAGACUCGGUCAACAACAGCAGCCCGGUGUCGCCCUCUGUAUCCAGAAAGGCAGUGUCUGCCAAGCCCUCGACGGAGAGCCUCCAGAGCACUACUUCGACCGAAGCCAGUGCUGCAAAGUCUGUCGGCAACGACGAAACUCACCGAGCCGAGAAUCCUGAACUCAAAUGGCUACUCGAGCAACGCCUUCGCGAAGAGGAUGCCAGGAAGAAGAAGGAGGCCGAAGAGCUUCGAAAGAGGGAAGAACACAAGCGACGCGAGGAGGAACUGCGCUUGAUGAGGGAAGAAGAGCUCAAGAAAAAGUCUGAGGAGCAGAAGCGCAAGGCAGAGCGCGAGCUCCGCCGCAAGGAGCUCGAGAAAAAGCGAGACGAAGAGCGCGAGAAGGCACGGCUUGAAAAGGAACGACGGCGCGAAGAAGAGCGGAAGAAGGACGAGGAGCGCAAGCGGCUCGAGCUCCAGAAGCGAGCACAAAAGAAGGCUGCUGAGGAGCAGCAAAAGGCGGAGGAGCUGCGGAAGGCCGAAGAGCAGAGGACGAAGGAACUUCAGGCCGCGAAAGAACGGCAGCAGCCUCAGCAGCAACCGUGUCAACAGACGCCCUUGUCGCCCUCGUCGCCCUCGUCUCCGAUCACCAACUCGCAAGAGCCGGCCGAGAUUGUCGCGCCGACGAGCCCAAUCACCACUCCAUCAAGCAAGCAACCCGAUACUUUGGCCGCUGCCAUACCCCCGCCUCUGUCCAAAGGCAGCGGCGAUGAGGCCGCGCAGUCUGCAGAAAAUGCGCCGGCGGCACCGCCAAGCGACACCCUGCUCCCGCUCCCGAUCGCAGCAGCUGCGGACAGCUCUCUGCCGUCCUCAGUUCCAGCGACCCCUAUCCCUCCGGUCGUGCCUGCUCCCAGCCCCAAGUCUCUGGCACACAGCCAGCCAACACCCCAGCAGUCCCCCCUCCCCACCAAGUCCACUGCUGCAGCCCAGCCUGCAAAGUCAUCUCGCACCAAUACUCGCAAAGCCCAGCGCAAGCAGCAGUCCCAUGUAGGCGCGUAUCACCACCACCACCACCACCAGCAGCAGCAGCAGCAUCCCUUCGAAUUUCAGAAGCCCUUCCAGAUCCUGGACUUGACCGAUAUAUUGCAGUUUGAAGACCUUGUCCAGGACGACCAUGCUGCCCAUUUGGAGAUCAUGAAGCUCCUCAAGGCAUACUGCCGAAGCUGGACCAAAUACAAAGCCUUAUUCUCGAGCCGAAGCGCCCGACACACCAAAAAGCAGGUGCCUAUCUACACCGAAGCAAUGACGACCCUCAAGAAGAUCAACGACCACCUCUGUUAUGCUCUUACCGAGCUUGCCGAGAGUCCGUCGUCGAUGGGGUUCCGCCUUACGACCGAUCUCUUGGCUGCGGCCGAAACCCUUCGUGUUUUCUUUGAAGGCUCCAUGUGUCACCGCGACCUUGGAUCGGAGGAGGCCGCGUCCUAUUUUACUAGGAUCGAGGAGCUGACGCAAGUCGUGAUCGACCAGUACGACACUCACUACUCGACUCCGCCAGCGCCAUCCGAGCUCCUGAAAGGGCGUACAGGAGAUACAAAGCCCACCGCCGCUGCGACGCCAGCCAAGGCCGACGACCCUGUCCGGCCUGUUCCCGGAACCAAUGCUCCGAUUCGAAGUGCUCAGCCAGCCAUCGCUACCACCGAUCCUACUGCCAAUGCUGUGGCCUGGAACGGCCUCCUAGAUCAUCUGAACGAAGUCGUUGCGAACGGUGGCCUUGCCAAGGACAAGGCUCAACUGAUGUCGGAAGCCAUCAUCAGCACCAGCAACGCCAUCAACCAAGGCCUUCUCAAGUCGGUCCAGAAUCACAGUCUCGCGCUUGAGCCAAGCCCGCUCAUGCUUCCGCAGCGCGCCUCGCAGCAGCUGGACUCGAUCUUCACCCUGGGCGACAAACCAGUGAAGCCUGUUAGCCCGGUCGAUCCCGACGAAGAGAUAAUCGACUACGAUGGCGACGAAAAUUACGUCGACGAAGAUGACGCCGGUGAUGGAGCCCUUGAUGUCAAUUUGACUUUUGACAUCCCCCCAGGAAUCUUCGAAAAGGCCUUGGAGCAUGUCCACAAAGGCGAGCCAGCCAUUGCCCCGGUCCUGUCGUCCGUCCAACUCGCCAACGUCGCUUCUCGAAAGGCGGCAAACGGCGUUGGGCUGUAUACAUUCCGAAACAAGCGCCAUCCUCGCAAGCGUGAGCGCGGCCACCUUGCGAAGCCCUCUCCCCAACUCAGCUCCGCGAUCCUGACGACCAUGGCUGACCACGCGAGCACCUCGGCUCGCAUCGGCGGCGAGGCUAGCAAUGGUUUCGGAGAACAAACCGUAUCAAGCCCAGCUGUCUUGGAGUUGGACACCGAGCCUGCGGAUGGACAGUCCGCCGUUUAUGCCGAUAGCACCAGCGUCGUGAUGGAACCGGCCUCACUCAAGCAGCAAGGCGACUCUGACCCGAUUGCGGAUGACUCUUCUGAAUCCGCGACGAGCGAUCGCGCCUCAUCCAAUCAGAUGUACGAUGUUCACGACCAAGUCCAGUCGCUCCAACGGCAGCUCGAGACCCAGCGUCGAAGGGAACUGGAGCUGCGCACCAGUCUUGCUGAGGUUGUCGUCCGCAACCAAAAGUGGGAAAAGGACGUGGCCAGCGCGUUUGGAAAUCGCCGUCGCAUCCGCAAAACGCUUCGCCGCGUUCUUGAUCCUCGCCAUAUAACGCUCUUUGGUCACGGCUUCGACAGCUACACCAGCGAGGCGUUUGAGCGCGAGUAUCAAGACGCUGACGACUCGGACGACGCUUAUCCCGACGACGGCGAGUGCUGCUGGAAUGCCAGCCUCCCGGCUCACGACAGCUCCGACUCGGACCUACCUGAUCUGGAGGAUAUUAGCAGCCAGGAUCUGGACUACUGCGACGCAAACAGCUUUGGCUCCCGCGAGCUGAGCGAUGACUCGGACCUGCCUGAUCUCGAAGACUUUACGGACUGCGAGUCGGAUCAAUCGACUCCAGAUCACCGGCGGUUUCCCGCUGCCCUCACAAAUGGCAUCCACGCACAUCACGACUAUGAUGCCGACUCGGACGACCGCUUCCACGAAGCUACUGGUUUCGGGGAGUGCAGCUGCUGCUUGGAGUGUGGGGGAUACCGCAUCACGAACCCGGGCAGCGACGCAGACAGCAAUGGAGAAGAAAUACAACAGAUCACUUUGGCAGCCUCCGAGUGAAGACCACCCUCCGAGUGAAGACCACCGGUCGCAGAGCAGCGAUGCGGAAAUCGAGUGUGUGGCGAAUGGUCGUGGGCAGCGCGCGAUUGGGUAACAAAAUAUUUGAUCAAUCGUCAAAAUCACGGGUGUCCCGUUUUUUGUUGGAUU